AUGCAAUCACAUAAUGAUCAAUUCUUGCAUUCCAAAUCAACUCAUAAUAACAGUGAUGAUAUAUUAGAAAUACCAGCCGCAUCUUACUCCACUGAAUCGAUUCCAAAAAAUCACAAUACGCUAGAAUCCCAUACAGAAAACGGCAAUAUUGCUUCUGUAUUGAACAUUGAAGCUGAAAGAAUAAGCCUUGUUGAUAAUGGCAUUAGUGAUCAUGAUAGAAGUUCUGAUAAAGAUGAUUAUGUUGAGUUUGAUUUAGGACACGAAGACUAUAAGAGUGGUAUAUUUACAAGUGAUCGUCUGAGGAUUAAUAAACAGGAUAGUUUCAAGGCAAAAUUGGUAAAAUCAGGUAAAAAUGUCUCGAAUGAUAAAGCUGAACAAUUAUUUAAAGAUGAAACAAUAUCCUCAGUUUUCGUUCCACCCAAGCUUGAAAUUGUUGAUAAAGCAUCUGAUGUAAAUUAUUUGGAAAGUGGUAUGAAUUCAUUGAAUGUAAAUAGCCACGCUGAUGUUAAAGUUAAUGAUCAGGAGGUUCAGGAUAAAUCAGCACAUGGUGUUUUGGAUGAUAAUGAUGAAGAUAAAGAAUGGAUGCAUAUGGAGACGGCCGCUGAUGAUGAAGUUUAUGAUGAAAAAGGAAAAUUUAUUACUCUGAAAGAUGAUUCAGUAUUGAAAGAAGAUCCUUUACUAGGUGUUAGUUCAGGGUACACUAGAAUUGCAGCGGAAGAACAAGCUGAACUUUAUAAGGAAGCUAAUAAAAAGACAGAUUUUCUUUUUAAAGAUAAAAGUGGACCUAGAAGAGAAACAAAAUUAAGCCCUCAAGACUAUUCUGAUAUUUAUGAUGAAGAAGAGGAUCUCGAGGAAUUUGAUAAUAACAACCAGUACAAUAGUUCACAGACGCCACUUAGUCAACUACAAACCACAAAAAAGUUAUUCAAAGAUGAACAGAAGUUCGCAUACAUUGGAUUAGUGAAACUCGUCAUGAAUGAUAUGGCUACGAAUCUAGCCAAACAAUGUGUUUCUUCCAAAAGUAGAUCUAAAAGAUCAAAAUGGGCUAAAAGAAUCAACUUAGCACAAGCAACAUUUGGUCAAUGGCAGUAUCUGAUAAGUGACAGGUUAUAUAGUCAUUUAGAAUUGUCCGAAGAGGAAAAGCAAAUGGUUGAAUCUUUAAGCUCACAUGGUAUAUCACCAGAGGAUUUGUCCCGUUCUUUAAGAGUACGUGAUCUUGUUGAUAAUCCGGCUUAUGAUAAAGAUGCACAUAAAGUUGAAAAAGCUUUUAAAGAAGGUGAUGUAUUGAAACCGGAUGAUAUUGCUUGUGACCAACAGAUAGAAAUUGAUGUUGCUUGGACUGUUUUGUGUGAUUUAUUUUUGGUGUUACUGGCUGAUUCAGUUUAUGAUUCAAGAUCUCGAACACUCUUGCAAAAAUUUGGCGAUCACAUUGGACUUAGUGAAUUGGAUAUACACCAGUUCGAAAGAAGAAUCACCAGCUCUUUACAAAUGGAAGAUGCAACAGAACAAGUUUGGGAUGAAAAAGAGCAUCUUGAAUCCCGGAAAAAGAGAGCUAAAAAGAAGAAGUUAAUGUACGUUGGUAUGGCUACAAUUGGUGGAUCUUUGGUCUUAGGUUUGAGCGCUGGGUUACUUGCUCCCGUUAUAGGUGCUGGUAUUGCAGCUGGAUUAACCACUGUGGGUAUUAGCGGAACAACAGGAUUCUUAGCAGGGACGGGUGGUACUGCGCUUGUUACAGCAACUGGUACUGCUAUUGGUGCGCGUAUUGGUAGUAGAGGGAUGAAUAAUAGGGUUGGUGAUGUCAAGACAUUUGAGUUUAUACCGUUUCAUAACAACAGAAGAGUUAAUCUUAUAAUAACUGUAUCUGGAUGGAUGAAUAGUAAAGCUGAUGAUAUCCGUUUACCAUUUUCAACAAUUGAUCCUGUAAUGGGUGAUUUGUAUUCACUCUUAUGGGAACCUGAACUUCUUCAAUCUACAGGUCAAACUAUUGGAAUAUUAGCAACGGAAGCAAUUACUCAGUCAGUUCAACAGAUUUUAGGUGCCACCAUUUUAAUGGCUUUAAUGAGUGCAGUUCAGAUUCCAAUGGCUUUAUCAAAAUUAGGCUAUUUAUUAGACAAUCCAUGGAAUGUUUCGUUAGAUAGAGCUUGGAAAGCUGGGUUGAUUUUAGCUGACACAUUAAUUUCAAGAAAUUUAGGGGUAAGGCCAGUCACUUUAGUUGGAUUCUCGUUGGGGUCAAGAGUUAUUUUUUCCUGUCUCUUAGAGCUUGCUAAAAGAGGAGCGUUUGGUCUUGUGGAAAAGGUGAUUUUAUUUGGAUCACCUUUAGUUGUUUCUAAUGAUGAUUUGGCUUUAGCAAGAUCUGCCGUAUCAGGGAGGUAUAUCAAUGGGUACUCAAGAAAGGAUUGGAUUCUUGGGUAUCUGUUUAGAGCCACUAGUGGUGGACUUAGAAGAGUUACUGGAUUAUCACCCAUAGAAAAAUUUCAUGGGAUUGAAAACUUUGAUUGUACUCCAUAUGUUCAUGGCCACAUGGAAUAUCGUAAGGCAAUGCCCCAGUUAUUAUCUCUAUUAGAGUUUCGUGUAUUAUCGGAAGAGUUUGUGGAAAUUGAUGAUCCAGAUCCAGAGCAAACCGAAAGGCAAAGAGAAUUAAUAUCUGAGUUUGAUGAAGCAAGAAAACAGAUGGAAUUAGAAAAAGCUAAUGGCAAGAAAAAAUCUAUUUGGAAUAAAUGGUUUGGACCUAAGAAGAAAGAUUGGUGGAGUGUUUAUCCUGAUGCAUCAGAUAAAACAGAUGAAUAUAAGGAUAAUAAGGAAUUUGGGUUUGAUGUUGAUGAUGUUAUGAGAGAAGCGGAACAAUUAAGAAGUGACACAAUACCAAAAGAUGAUUCUCAAGCUAUUAUAAAUGAACCCCAAAAAACACACUCGUCUAAUGACACUGAUAGUAUUACUUCAAACAAGUCUAGUACAGAUCAUAAGUCAGAUUUAAUCUCAAAUGAGUUAAACACAAAUUCAAAAAUUCCCAUAGAUGUGCACCAUGAGAAAGAUGUAAAGCAAAAUAUAAAUGAUAGUGAUAUGGAUGAUGAGUUCUCAACUAAGGAAAAUAUUACAAUGUCUUUUUCUUAG